UUCUCCAGGCGUUUAUGGAUGAUGCAGUCACUGUCAUGGCUGCCACCCAGCGUCGAGUCUACACCCGUGGGUCGGUGCUCCCCUUUGAGGAGGACGAGACGCGCGAGUUCAAGGGUCACCGCAACAUCGCCGCGGAAGACAUUCCGCCAUGGGUGCACCAGGGGCUGUCGCGUGAGGCGUCAACCAGGAAACCGGUGUCCAGGAACCUGAACGCCUUCCUCAACACGGGCCGCGGUGGCACCGUCUACUGCGGCGUCGACGACAACGGCCGCGUGCUGGGCAUGCACCUGACGCGCUACCAGAAGGACCACGUGCGGCUGUCGGUGCGUGACACGCUGCGCCGCUACCAGCCGGCGGUGCCAGACGACCGGCACCGCAUCACGUUCGUGCCCGUCGUCAGCGCCGCCGACGGCCAGCAUCGGCCCCGCGAGUUCGCCUAUGAAGCCAGCCGGCGGAAGAAGCGACACUUGGUGGCCACGUCCAACUACUGCUGGUGCGACGCCGAGGCGAAGGCCCGCUCUCACGUUGGCGGAACAACGGCCCGCUCUCCUGACGGUGAGUCGCGGCCGAUGGCCCGCUCUCUGGCGGUGAGUCGCGGCCGAGUGGCCCGCGACUCUGACGGUGAUUCGGCGCCGAGUGGGCCCUCGCUCUGA